AUGACAUCAAUGCUAAAGAGCUAUCUGGGUUACAGCGACCCCGCGGGGGACAAGGCUCCCCUGCAAAAUUCCCUCGCAAGAGCUCUUCCGGCCAAUUGGUACACCUCUCAAGAGAUGUAUGAGCUUGAACGACGAGCUAUUUUCUCAAGAAAGUGGCUCUUGACCACGCAUAAGCUGCGCCUUGCAAAGACUGGUGACUAUCUGAAAUACGACAUCGCGGGAUUCCCUUUCAUCAUUGUCCGCGAUCGCGAUGGGAAUAUCAACGCGUUCCACAAUGUUUGUCGUCAUCGCGCAUUUCCAGUCGUCGCAGAUGAUGCAGACAGCGGAACAGCACGAAUCUUUGCUUGUAAGUACCACGGCUGGUCUUACGGACUGAACGGAAAACUCGCCAAGGCACCAGGCUAUCAAGAGCUGGAGGGAUUUGACAAAUCAAAGAAUGGACUGUUCUCUAUCCAUGUUCAUGUAGAUGGCAAUGGUUUCAUUUGGGUCAAUCUGGAUAGUGCAGAGAAACCGGAAAUUUCCUGGGAAGACGACUUUAAGGGGAUCGACUUGCAGUCGCGAUUCCAAGACUUUGAUUUCAGCGAAUACCAAUUUGACCACACGUGGGAGAUGAACGGCGACUAUAACUGGAAGAUUCUUGCCGACAAUUAUAAUGAAUGUUACCACUGCCAAACUGCACACCCUGAUGUUCCAUCGGUGGCCACCCUCGAAGCUUACGAUGUUGAUACGAAGAAUGCUAGUAUAAUUCACCACCCUGGUGCCACAGAGGAGCAGAUCGCCAAGGGCAUGAAUAUUUGCAGCACCUACUACUUCCCGAAUGCCUCUAUGACUGUCUCGCCACACUUCUUCUUCAUGCAGCGCUUUGUUCCCAUCUCACCAACUAGCUGUGCGAUGCGCUAUGAGGUCUACCGCCACAAGGGCUCAAGUGAUGAGGACUUUGAGCACGUCAACCAGAUGUUUAAGCGGAUCAUGGCCGAAGACAAACAACUCUGUACCGAAUCCCAGAAGAACUUGAGUAACGGAGUCUUUGUCAACGGUGAACUUCACCCGAAGCUGGAGAAGGGGCCGCUUUACUUCCAAGGCAUCGUGCGAGACCUUGUUACCGAGUUUCACAAGCGUGAAGAAGAAACCGGACGGCAGAUUUGGCCAUCCCGCCAGGCCCUUCCUACCACUGCCACCACAAGUCAGGAGGACAUGGACUUCUGUACCAAUUUGACCACCCAAAAGCAGGGGGCGGAUUGCUCUACACAGGCUACCGGGUGCUGUGGGGGAGGAUGUCAGACAGCCGGUAAUCAGGCUCUUGCUUACUGA